AAACUAUUCUGCAUAUUUAUUAGCAGCCCUUAAAUUAUUGUGGUUGCCUAUAUAAUAUGCAUCAUUUACGAAACAUUCUCCUCAGCCUGAAUCCAAUACACACCUAUUUGCAUAUUCACUUUUAGUUAUACCAACCAACCACACUCAUUCCCACGCCACCAUGACCAAGGACUGCGGCCACCACAACCAGGAUCGCCAGCAGCUCCUCCGCCGCGUAUUCGCCGCCAUCCUCGCCUUCAUCCUCCUCGUCCUCCUCGUAAUCUUCCUCAUCUGGAUCAUCCUCCGCCCCACCAAACCCCGUUUCGUCCUCCAAGACGCCACCGUCUACGCAUUCAACCUCUCCUCCAGCGGCGCCAUCCCCUCCCCCACCGCCCCCACCCCCAACACUCUAACCCUCACCAUGCAGGUCACCCUCUCCGCCUUCAACCCCAACCACCGCAUCGGCGUCUACUACACCAAACUCGACGCUUACGCCUCCUACCGCGGCCAGCAAGUCUCCCUCGCCACCGCCCUCCCCCCAACCUACCAGGGCCACCGCGACACCGCCGUCUGGUCCCCUUUCCUCUACGGCACCGCCGUCCCCGUCUCCCCCUUCAUCCUAGAGAUUCUCCGGCAGGACAAAACCUCCGGAGGAGUGCUGGUGAACGUCAAAGUCAACGGCAGAGUGAAGUGGAAAGUGGGGACUUGGGUCUCCGGAAGGUACCAUAUUAACGUGAACUGCCCCGCGUACAUCAGACUCGCCGGUGACGAUGAGGACGCCAUCGGGGUAGCGUCUCCGGCGGUGAAGUUUCAGAUUUUUCAAAGUUGCAUUGUUGAUGUUUAGUUCAUUAAUUAUUUACCAAUACGAAAGCAAAGUAAUUUGCUUUCAUCGCUGUAGUUGUUAAAUUUUCUUUCUUUCUCUGAGUUAGUCUCAACCACCUCUUCAUAA